AUGUCCAACCAGGUAGAACCUAAAGCCGUCGAGGCGAGACAGGACCCGCAGAUCUUCAGAACGGAAACUGUCCAUGACGAGCCGGAGAAGGCAGUUCCUACGGUUGACAAGGUCGACUAUUCAGGUGCUCAUGCUAAAACAGACCCCAAGGAAAUUGCCCUUGUGAAGAAGCUAGAUAGAUGGAUUAUGCCAAUGCUCUGGAGCAUGUAUUGGCUCAACUACCUUGACCGCAAUGCUAUUGCUCUUGCUCGCCUCGACGAUCUAGAAAAAGACUUGAAUUUAACCAGCACCCAGUACCAAACAUGUGUCUCGAUUCUGUUCGUCGGUUAUAUUCUUGGUCAAAUUCCGUCCAAUAUGUUCCUCACUCGAACUCGACCGAGCAGAUACAUGGGCAUUAUGAUGAUGUUGUGGGCAACGGUUAGCGCACUGACAGCCUUGGCCCAUAACUACACCACUCUCCUUGUCACUCGAUUUUUCCUUGGCGUGACCGAAGCGCCGUAUUACCCCGGUGCCGUCUACAUUCUCUCCAUCUUCUACAACCGGAAGGAGGUUGCCACCCGCAUCGCCAUCCUCUACACUGGCAAUGUCCUCGCCACAGCUUUCGCCGGGUUGAUAGCCGCUGGCGUUUUCCACGGCAUGGAUGAUCAUCUAGGCCUUGCUGGCUGGCAGUGGCUGUUCAUACUCCAAGGCACCGUCACCUUUGGCAUUGCCCUUAUCGGAUACUUUGUGCUUCCUGAUUUCCCUUUGACUACCAAGUGGCUUACCCAGGAGGAAAGGGAUCUCGCUUACAAUCGAAUCGAGCUUGAUACCGUCGCCAACCAGGGCCAGACUAGUACCAAGGCUGGUCUCAUGCAAGCCGUUCAAGACCCGAUGGUGUGGAUCUUCGCUUUGAUGGCCCACAUGCAUCUUGCCGCAAAUGGGUUCAAGAACUUUUUCCCCACCGUCGUCGAGACUCUUGGCCUCUCGCAAACCAUAACUCUGGUUCUUACAUGCCCGCCUUACCUUAUCGCAGGAGCCAUUACCAUCGCGGUGUCUUGGUCUUCCGGAUACUUCAACGAACGGACGUGGCACAUCACGAUAUCCAAGGCCGUAGCGAUCAUCGGAUUCAUCGCCGCCCCGCUGGCCCCGAACCUGCCGGGCCGCUACGUCGCCAUGGUGAUUUUCACCAUUGGGACGUACGGAGUGAACAGCCUUAUCCUCGGAUGGUGCGGCAGCGUGUGUGGGCAGACGAAGGAGAAAAAGGCCGUCGCUAUCAGUAUAGUGACAACCGUCAUGAACGUCAGUUUCGUGUGGACACCUUACUUGUGGCCCAAGAGCGACGGGCCGAGGUACAUGAUUGCCAUGAUGAGCAGUGCUGCGUUUAGCGCUGCGACUGCUGCUUUGGCGUGGUUGGCUAAGGCGAUUAUGAUUAGGCGGAAUAGGAAGCUUCGCCAGAGCGAUGAUGAGACGGCUGUGUUCUACGUUUACUAA